GGACAUCAUUUCCGUUUUCAAAGACCAAAUUCGUUCGUUAUUCGUCCAAAGCUGUGUUCAACUUGUUUGACAACAGGAUAAACAUUCAGGAUAUAUAUAAAUAUUCCGCGUCGGAAGACUUCGCUGCUCCACCCCUGGUGGUGACCCUGUUUUUGAGGAAGUGACCGUUGGGAAAGAGGACUGUAAUGCAAGAACUGAACGAGCACACGACAGUUGAUAAACCAGAGCAGGUCAAUGAUCUACAGAUUUGAACUGUGCAGUCUAAUGAAAUGACCGACACAACACACAGCAGAACUGCAGGAUGCUUCUCCAGACGAACAGACAGUCCCUUCAAUCUCCACUCAAAACCUUCUGUGUUUUGGUCGUCCAUUUUCUCCGAACACACUCUUGUAAAGGUCAGUCCCAGUUAAUUGGUUCAUCUCAGCCAAUAGUGGCAACAGUUGGUGAUGACAUCAUUUUGCCAUGUCAUCUGGAACCUGCCAUGGAUGUUGCUGCCAUGACACUGGAGUGGACCAGAUCUGACUCGGACCCCAUAAAUGUCCAUGUGUGUCGUGCUGGUCAGGACCUCACACAUGUUAAACAUCCAUCUUACAGGGGACGGACAUCACUGUUCACUGAUGAGUUGAAACAGGGAAACAUUUCACUGAAACUCUCUAAAGUGAAACUUUCUGAUGGGGGAAAAUACAAAUGUAACAUUCCAACACUCAAUCAACAAUCUUCUGUUGAACUAUUUGUUGCAUCAGAUGCUGCCUCCUCACCUGUCAUCAGUGUGGUGUUACAGUGUGAGUCUAAAGGCUGGCAUCCAGAGCCUGAGGUGUUUUGGUUGGACGGUGAGGGAAACCUCCUCUCUGCUGGACGUAAAGAGACAGUCAGAGGUCCUGAUGACCUCUAUACUGUCAGCAGCAGAGUGACUGUAGAGAAGAGACACAACAACAACUUCACCUGUAGAGUCCAACAGAACAACAUCAACCAGACCAGAGAGACACACGUUAUUGUUCCAGAUGAUUUCUUUAAGGUCCAGUCCAGUUCUUCUCCUGUCACAGUUGGUUUGGUUGUUUGCCUCGUGUUAAUUGUUGCAGCUGCAGUUUUCUUUUUUGGGUGGAAAUGGAGACAAAACAUGAUCAAGACCAAGAGAAGCCGCAGAGAUGAAACUGAAGGAGGAAGUAAGAACGUUUCUAAAAGUAAUGACACUCAAAUGCAGCCUCUAAAUGCAGCAGGAACAGAAGGAGAAACAGUAUAUCCAACAGUGUCAGCAGAGAACAAGAUUAAAGUCUUACAAGAUGAAGUCAACAAGCUCCGGGAUGAAAAGAAGAGCCUGGACACCAAGAAAAAUGAGUUGGAGGAGCAACUCAGGAAUGAGGAGCAGAGGAGGAUUAAUGCUGAGACAGAAGUGGAGACCUUGAAGGAGCAGCUGGAGAAGAAGAACAAGGAGAGAGACACCAGUCCAGCCAGUCAGAGCUCAACCACAGAACACGACGGCACCCAAGAAGGAAGAGAUGUCAGUUCCAGCGACAUGUCCAAUCAGGCUUCCAGCUGACGUCCCUACAGCAGCUGUGGAUCUGAGAAGACGACAGAAUCCAUCACAAUACUGAGGAUAUUAGGAUUCGUUCUCUAUGUUUUCCACAUUGGAUUUGAAACAUCGAUAGAGACCAACUGUUACCCUCACUGGCCAGCAUAAAUCACAAUUUCAUCAAAAUGAAAUGGCCAUGAAAAAGGUUAUCAUCCAUAACACCAAUGAUUAUCCAAAAAUAAUUAAAGAAGAGAAAUCUGAGUCCUUACUAUCAAAGUCUGAGCUUCACAACACAGGUUUUUGGAAGUGUGUAAUGGUUCAAACAAAAGAGAUUUCUGAGGACUGUAGAGGAAGAGUUGUUGAUGCUCACCAGGCUAGAAAGGGUUACAAAACCAUUUGUAAAGAGUUUGGACUCCAACAGUCGACUUUCAGGCAGAUUGUGUACAAAUGGCGGACAUUCAACAUUUUGGUUUUAAUCUCCUCUCGUUGUAUAUUCAUAUACAUAACUGUAUCAUAACUUACAUGUCAUUGAUGUACUGUACAACUCAUUGUUACAUGCUCCCCCCUGCUGGAUAUGAUGUGCAUUACAUUUGACAUUCAACUCAUAAUGUCAUAUGUUCUCUCUCAGGCGGCCGGACCAACAAAGAGGGGGCAGGAAUGAGGCUUGCUCUGUUUUUCCACUUCCCAGCCUUUGUAUGUUACUGUCAUGCUUUAGCUUUUGCCUUUGUUAGUCUUUUGUUUAUUUGGUGGGUCCGCUAGUCCUAUUUUUCACGGCUUUAUUUCUGUUAGGUUUAGUUUUCAUGCUGGUUUAUGUUAGAGAGCAGAGUCCAGAUCCUGAGACCUUUUGUGGGUUGCUCUGGGUGUCUUCCCUUCUGCUCAUCAGCUUUUGAUAGUUGUUGGUUUUUGUUAAUAAAUUGGUUUGACUUUUCUGAUACACCUGACUCUUACAUUAUGUUUGGGCCUUCUUUGAAAUGAGCUGUUUUAGAGGGUUGUAACAUUUAUACUGAUGGCAUUUCUGAGGAGCCCACUUUAUCCUGAGAGAGUUUGCUUAACUGAUAAAAUCAAGAUUGCACAAUA